AUAUAAUAAUAUAAUAAUAUUACUUAAUACACCCCUCUUCAUACUAACAUCAAUAUUUCUACACCCUAACCUAACCUUUCUCACCUAUAUAUACAACCUAUAGUUUCACCAUUUUCUCAUCAUUCUUUUUCUUGUUAUGUAGGUUUCGUUUUCAUAUUAUCAUGAGCAAUAUCCCAAAAUCUCUCACCGACUCUUCCUUAACCCUCUUCAAUCUCACCAUUUCUUCUUCCGAUCCUUGGCCUUUCUCUUUUGUUUUCUUAUAACACAGAAAAUCAGUUCUUAACAACCUUGAAUACGCUUGUUAUUUUGUCCUUUUUAAUUUCUUCUUAAUUAUGGGGUUUAGUGGUAAUCACCCUCAUCAUCAUAAUUUGAGUUUUCAUUUGCAUAUUCCUCAUCUUCACUUUCAUCAAAACCAUGAAAAGAAUAAGGACAUUCCAAAAGGGUGUUUGGCAGUGAUGGUGGGACAAGGAGAGGAGCAACAAAGGUUUGUGAUUCCAGUGAUUUACAUCAACCAUCCAUUGUUUAUGCAGUUGCUGAAAGAAGCUGAAGAAGAAUAUGGAUUUGCUCAGAAAGGACCCAUCACCAUUCCUUGCCACAUAGAACAGUUUCGCACCGUCCAAGGAAUGAUUGAUAUGGAAAAAUCUCAUCACCAUCAUCACCAUGCUUGGUGUUUCAAAGUUUGAUUCAAUAUUAUUAUUAUUAUCAUUAUUACUAUCUAUUUACACUUUUAUGUAUUUUUUGUAUGUCAAUAUUCUCCAAUGAUGGAUCUUAAUUAGUAGAAUUAUAAUUUGGAGUAUAUUGUUUGAUAUGAAUGUAAAUUGGAAAGUAUUGAAAGAGAAUCAUAUUGUUGUAUGAGUAUUAA